AUGAAUUAAAGAUAAAGUAGAUUCAGCAAAAUACAAGCAUUUACUUCGAAACUGUCAGUUUAGUAUUUUCAUUAACUGAUUCCUGAAAUAACACAUAAAACGAGAAGAUAAAAAAGAUUAGAAUAAAUAGAAGAAUACGUUCAAAUAUAUGAAAUCUAUCUAAAAAUGCUUCUUGGUUAAGAUGUUGGACGUGCAGAUGAAAAACGAUUUUAUUCUCUUAACAAUAUCACAUAAUUAGAUGAAAAUACAAUUUUGGAAUUUGAUUUACCAGAGGCAGUUGUGAGGUAUAAUGUAAUAUUAUAUAUGAAUUUUAAAGUCUUCCUAACCCAGAUAUGAUUCCAGAUGAAUAUGAUUACAAUUUAAAAUAAUUGGAAAUUUUUGAACAAAUUGUAAAGUCUCUUCAGAUUGAUGAAAAGUCAAUUCAUGAUAAACUAUUUAUAAAAGCCUUAGAAAACUCUUUUACACACUUAGCUGAUCGUAAAAUAUAUUCGUUAUUUGAAUUAAAGACAAGAGGUUUAGAAUCGAAUCAACCAUAACAAAGAAAUACUCUAGUGCUUUUAGGAACCGCUUAAUAAUUAUUUCAAAAAUCUCCAGAUAGAAGUCCACGUUCAUUAAUUCUUGCAGAUAACAAUCUACAUUAAAUGAAUAGAACAUCUGAUUUUCCAAUUUACAAAAAGGAAGAUCAAUUGACUAAAUUGGUGAAAAAGUUUAGAAAUUAUUUAAAAGAUAACAUCUCACAUAAUUUAGGUAGUUUAAAUAAUAUCGCUGAUUGUUUAUAAGUUGAUAUGUAGAAAUUAGUAUAUAUAUAAAAGAAAGCAUAUAGUUAAGGUGAAUAUUUAAAAUAAUAAGGAUAAUCUUGGUAUAGAACUAGAAAUGAUACUUCAGAUAUUUUGACUCUAAUUAGAAAUGCAAUUAUAAUUUAAUUUUCUAGAAAAGGAUUCAAUGUUAAAUAAUUUAUAUCUAAAGAUGGAUAAACAAUAUAUGUUUGUGUAUAUAUGUCAGAAAAGAUGUUAGAAAUUGCUGCAGAAAACUUUUAAUUACCAAAGAAAUUAAGUUUUUGUUUCACUGAUAUUCUAUCUUUAGAACCUGUAGAUAAAUAAUAUCGUCCAUUAAGAUUAAAUGGAAGAUUAUGGAGACCAGAUGAAUAUAAUAAUUCUUCUUAUUUAGAAUAUCUAAGACCUUUAAUUAUAGAUUAAAUCAAUUAGAUAAAUUUUAAAAGAUUAGCUAGAGAAGUAGGUUAAAGUGGAUUAAAUAUAGAAUUAUUUGAAUAUGGAAAAUCUGAUUUAUAUGGAGAUUAAGAAGGACCAACAGAUGAAGAAUGGACUGCUUAUUACAAAUAUUUAGUUCAUUUGAAUAAACAUGUUAAAGUCUAAAGAUAACAUAAUCAAAUUGAUAGUGAUAUUGCUUUAUGUAUUAAUUAAUAAAAAACGGUUGAAGAAUUAUACAGCAUCAGAACUAAUAGAAAAUCUAUAAUCAAUCAAUUUACUGAUUUAAGUGAUGAAGCUACUGAAAAAAUUAGUGAAAUGUAUGAAAAAGUAAGAGAAUUAACAGAUUUAUCAAAUAAUAUACCUUUGAUUAAGGAUCUUCCAAAAAUUAAAACUAUUAAAUUAGUCAAAUAAUAAUAAUUAGCUCAUAAUUAUUUAAAUAUUUUCAAAGAAGCACUUAAAGUUGCCAAUUGUUCUUAAUAAUAUUUAAAAACUAUUUGGGAUAGAUACAACCAAAAACCUUUUGAAUUGUUUGUUCCUUUUAAAAUUAAUCUGGUUGGUGAAUCUGUAAAAAAUAUUGCCAAAUAUUAAUUAAAAUGGUGUAGAUAUAUAAAAAAUGAAUAAAAUUAAAUCACUUUGUUUCCAAAUAAUGAGAGAUUAAAAUUAGCAUUUUCUGUAAUUUCUUAAACAAUUAAUUUAAAUGCUUUAAUAAAUUUGUAGUUUGUCAAAUAAAUAUUCAGUUUGCAUGAUUAAUAUGAAUUGUUUGGCUAUUGUAAAAGUAUUCAAAAAGCUGUUAGUGAAGAAAAACUAUUUUAUAAGAAAAAACCCUUUGAUAUCUCAAGUGAAUGGAAUUUAGAUUAUUUACAUCCAUGGAAUUCCCCAACAGAAAAAAUUUGUUUUUAUUUUGGAGAAAAAGUAGGAUUGUAUUUUGAAUUUACUUCUUAUUUUAUAAAAUUUUCGACUCCAAUGGCUGCCUUGGGAUUGCUAUUUAGUGUUUUGUUAUAUUCAUCAUAAGAUUAUGAUAAUGAAGUUUAUAUUGCAACUAUGUCUGCUUUUUCAAUUUUAAUUAUACAUUGGAAUUCCUUUUAAACAGAUUGUUGGUAUUAAUAAUAACUUACAUUUAAUCUAAAAUUUGGAUAAAAUAAAAAUGUGAAAGAAAGUCUUGUACGUAGUUCAUUCAAAGGAUAAAACAUAAGAUCAAUUGAAAAUGAUCAAUUAAAUUCAAUUGGAGUUAUACGCUCUAAAUUUAUUUAAAGAUUAAUGAUUUCUGUUUUUAUAUUAAUAUUCUUAAUUGGAUCAGAUAUAGGGAUUUUUGUAGGAUUAUAUUAUUUUAAUUUAUAUUUAAAGACCAAAUUAGAUGAUUAUGGGAAUAACUUUUAAUAUUUUGAAGUAAUUGUUACAGCUUCAAUCAAUUAUAUAAUUUAGUUAAUUAUAGAUUAAUUUUAUGAGUAAAUAGCUACUAUUUUAACAGAUUUUGAGAAUUUUUAAACAUCUUAUUAAUAUGAAACAAGUUAUAUCAUUAAAAAAUAUACUUUAUAUUGUUUCUCUUACCUUUUACCAUUGUUGAUGAUUAGUUUUCUGAAUUCUCCAUUAAAGUUAUAUUGUCAAUAAGAAAAUUGUUAACAUAAUGUUGAAUAUUAUUUUGGAACGACUAUGAUGUGGAUAUUUUUGAUGUAAGUAAUAAAAUUUUUAAAGACUUUUUUUCAUGAAAUGGUUAAAACACCUUUAAAAUAAUAUCCAUUUAAUCAAUAAAGUUUGUGUGAUUUUAUUGAAACUCAAGAACAAAGAAUUCCUUUUUAAGCAAGUAUUGAAAAAUAUGGUAACAUAAAUGAAUAUAUGGAUUUUUUUUUAUAGUUAACGUUAACAAAUAUAUUUGGUUGUUUAUUUCCAUUUAGUAUUACUUUAUUUUGGAUUUGGAAUAUUUUAUAAGUAUAAAUUUCUAAAUUAAGACUUUUAUUCAUAUAUUAAAGGCCAUGGCCAAAAGGUGAUGGUUCUUUAGGAAUUUGGGAUGAUUUUUAUUAAUUAAUUAAUUUUCUAACACUUUUGUGUAAUACAGGAUUAAUUUGUAUUUACUAUUAUGAUAAAUUAUAAGAUUAAGUAAUUAUAUUAUUUUUAGCUUUAUUGUUUUAUAACUUUUUUUUUAAAUAUUUGACUAAUUCAAUAUUUGGAAAUUCUCCAAUUAUUUUAGAUUAAAUAGUGAAAAGAAGUUAAUACAUAUUCAAAAGUAAUGUUUAGAGUAAAUCUAAUUUAAGUAGAUUAUCAUAAAAAGAUAAUAAAGAAAAAUUAUAAAGAUGUCCUUUGUUUAAAGUUUAUGGAUCAUAAAUCAAUCAUGUUUAUGACUAUUUUGAAACGAUUAGUUCUGAAGAUGAAAUAUCUGAUUAUUAUACAAAAAAUAGUAAAUAAAUUUCAAAGAGAUUAGUAUACGAAGAAGAAAUUUUUAAUAACAAAAUGAAUGAAUUAAAUCUUAUGAAUGAAUAGUAGCAAUAGCAAUAGUAAUUUAUAAUGAGUAAUUAAAAUACUUAACGUAAGAUAUUGAUAGAUUCAUUUGAUUAAUAAAGUAAUUAAUGUAUAAUUCCUGUAAAAGAGUUUGUAAGGUAAGAAACUUUUGCUCGAAAAAAGAUUAAAUCUAAAAUAAAGGAUUAAAUAAAAAAAAUAAAAUAAGUAUAGAAAUUGAAUUAUGAAUUCUUAUUCAAGUAUUAUUCAAAAAGAGCUGUUAAUGGGGCAUUUAGAAUUCAAUCAUCUUAAAAGGGAGAAAAGAAACUUAUUUUAGAUAGAACUAAAAUAUGGAGAUUUUUCUUUAGAUUGAAUCUUCUAUCAAGUUAUAAUAUGUUUUGGACUGAUUAUAGGUUAUUUAUUGAAUAGAGUUACAUUAAAAGGAAAUCAAAGUUAUUUCAUAAUUUAGAUUAUAAGAGAUAUUAAAUAUUAAAAAAAAGUUUUGAUAAAUAACAUGAGCAUUAUAAAAAUUAAGCUAUGUUAAAAUAUAGAAAAUAGUUUUAAUAAUUUGGAAAUACUUUAACAUCUGAAGAGGUAAAAGAAUAUAAUGAAUUGGUUUAUAAAUAUCAAAAUUUUAUUGAAAAGAGAUCUUGGUUAAAUUGUCGAAAAGUACAAAUUUUCAGAUACAAAGGUUUAUUCUUUAGAGGAUUUCGAAAAUAAACUCUAAGGAAACAAUCUAUUUAAUAUGCAUUAGAAUAUUAUGAAGCAACUAAAAAAUUGGAAGAAAUUCAAUUUGAGUCAGAUAUUCAUAAGAAAUUUGGAACAAUUGUAUAAUAUUCAUCGAUUCAUCAAUAUAAUUUUAGUUAAUUUAUAGAUUUGUUCAAUAAAUUAGAAUAUGAGUAUUUAAAAAUAUAUAAUUUUAUCUAGGUAAAAAAAACAAUACAUAUUUUCGUCAACAAAUAGUAGAACAAUAUAAAAAACUUAUUAUUUGGAGUCAUUGAAGUCUGAAGUUUAUAAGAAUGUCAUAGACAAAUCUAAAGAUACUUAUAUUUUUGAGCAGCAUUCAUAAAAGGUAGAAGAAUAUGCUUUACAAUAUUUCAUUGAUGAAAUGAAUUAAAUGCCAAACAUUAAAAUGAAAAAACAUUUACAUGAUAUAUUAUGGAUAGUAAUGAUAGAAGAAAAAGAAUAUUUAAUGUAAUUUUUUUAAGUAAGACAUGGUUAACAAUUAUAAUUUUAACAAUAUCAUAAUGAUGGAUUGGGUGUUUAUUUAGGAGAAAGUAAAAAUUACAUUAAGUAAUUGAAUAUCCUUGAUUAGAUAGAUGAUUUUUUUAUUAAAGGUUAUUGUGUUUCAUUGUAUUAAUGUCAAGAUUGCAAGAGUUUAUAUUAGGUAUUGUAAUUUAGAAAGAAAUAUACUUUACAUUAUACUUUAGAUGAGUUGAAACAGUUUAUUUAUGCAAAUUUAAAAAUUAUGAUUAAACAAUAAAUAAAGAAUAUAUCUAUAUACAAUUAUAUUCUUAUUUAAAAUGAAUACAUGAUAUUAAAUUCAGUCAAUUAAAACAAUAAUCAGGUUUUUCAAUUGGUUUAAGUUAUUAUUGAAAUGAUUUAUCUUUAACCAAUUGAGGAUUUUGCAAAAGCUCUAUAAAAUUUGAAUCACCCUCUUAAAUAUUUUUUAAUAGAAAUUGUUAAUUCUGAGAAAACUCCAAAUUAAAUUUUAGAUAUGAUGUUAGAUCAAAAAUCAUUUUGGGAAAUAGACUUUUAGUUAGCUUAUGUUAAAAAAGAGUAAACAUAUUCAGUUUACAUGGAAAAUAUGAAACAUUAGAUUAACUUUAAUCUUAGAAUUAAAUAAUUUGAUAAAUGCAUUAUUCUUAUUAAAGAAGUAGAAGAAUAUCUUAGAAUAACUCAUUACUAAACUACUUAAGAAUUAUUACCUUAUUUUGUUAAUUCAUUUUCUAAAAAUUUAAGUCUUUACAUUUUGAGAUCGAAUGAAAUUAAAAAAGUGUUAGAUACAUUUCUAAUAUAUUAUUUUAAAAUUUGUGCUUUAUUUGCACUUAGAAAAGAAUUUUAGAAUGAAAUUACUUAAUUAAUAGAUGGUUUAAGAAGAUGUAGUGCAUAAAUAAGAGUAAUGUUUAGACAAUUAAGUUUAAAUGUUAAAUUAGAGAAUUUAUCCGAAAUUGAAUAAUGCAUAAUAUUAAAAAGAAAAUUAAAAUAUACGUCAGAAAAACAAUCAUCAAUAAGUUCAUUUGAAAGGUUAAAUCUUAUAAACACAUUAAGAAAAAAUUAAGAUUAUAUUCUUGUUAUUGUUUAAUACUAGACAUAAUUAUAAAGAUAUUUAAACUAAUUUUAAAUAAUUUAAGCUAUUGAUUGUUAUUUUAAUUAAAAUUUCAUUAUGGCAGGAAUUUAAUAUGCUGAAAUAAUAUCUAAUUAAGAAAAAUUAGUAUUAAGAGAACCAGCACCAUAAUUUUUAGAUGUUCCUCUUGAUCAUAGUCCAGGAUUAAUUAAUCUCGAAUAAUCUUCACCUUUAGAAGAUGAAUAAAUAGCCACAGCAAAUACAGAAACUAGAACUAAUCAUUUAAUUAAUGGUGAUCAAUUAUAUUGCACUUAAUUACUCUAUUUCAAAUUUUUAUAUUUGAUAAAUCUAUAUGAUAGUAAAAAUGAAUAAUUUGAAUAUUAUUAUAGAGAUUUUUAAGAGUUAAAUGGAGUAUCUGAACCUGUAUAUAAUUUUUAUUUAAAUUAAUUAAAAUUAUUGAGAAAAGAAGAUAUUGCAGAAUAAAAUCUAGAAAUAGAAAUGCAUUGUGAAGUUGGUAAGUAUUUGUCUAUCAACUUAAUGAAAUGGUAGGAAAUAUGCAAUGAUAAAUAUUUAAAUCUAAUCCAUUGUAAUGAUGAUGAUAUCAUUAAAAGAUAAAUAUUAAUAUUUUCUAAUCUCCAAUAAACUCUAGAAAAUAGAAAAUCUUUAAUCUCUAAAAUCAAUACUAAAAUACCAACUACACUUGAUUCAUAUAACUGUUUGGUUCAAAUUAAAUUGAUAUAAUAAAUCUUACAUUUAGAUAAUUUCUAACCUAUUAGUCAUUCUAUACCAAGACAAAUAAAAAGCAAAAUAAUUAGAUUUUCAAAUAAAGUGUCAUAUAUCAAAUUAUUAUAAGAAUAUCAUAACCAAUUUAAAAUUAAAAGAGAUUCUUGGUUUUUCUAACCAUGUCUAGAAGAACUUCAAAUGUUCUAUUUUUUAUCGAUUUGCUUUUCAUAUUCACCUAAACACAUCGAAAAUCUUGAUCAACAAGAACCUGAAAUUGUUACAUAUGCUGUUUAAUAGAUUAAAAAAUUUUAAUCAAAACCAAAAUUCUAUUGUUAAGUUCUUAAAUGUACCUAAAUAAAUAAUAAACCAGCAGGAUAAUUUUUAAUAGACUCCUCACUCACUAAAUAUUAAUAAUAUUAAAUUUUUUGUGAAUUUUUGAAUUGUAGUCUUAAAUAACAUUCUAGUUUAAAGAAUUCAAUAUCUAUGAUAGAAGAAUAAAUAACAGAAGAUUUUUAACCUUCAAUUAUAAUACUAGGUCUACUACAUUCUUUUCUUUAUUUAUAAUAAAUAGAGAUUGUAGAUUUGAUCUAUUGUUUUUCAUCAAGAUUGUUAUAAUCCUAAGCUUUAAUUUUCCAUAAAACUUAUUAAGGUUUUGAAUAAGAUUUAUAGAUUAUAGAGAGUCUUUAUAAAGAUUCAAAUUAAUACAUUCCUUAUCCAUAAAGAUAUUUAUAUGAAUACACAAACAAUUUUAAAUAUUUUGAUGAUUCGAAAUUUCAUUGCUAAUAUCUAUUAUUCAAUAUCCUAAUAAAUUAAGAUUACUAUUUGAUUUAAGAAAUAUUAUGUGAGUGUAUAGAACAAUUAAAGAGUCAACCUAAUUUAAUCAGAUAUUUACAUUUGUAUCAAUGUUAUUUAGAAGUUGUUACUUCAAUGACUGGUUAGAUGGAACCUAAACAAUAAUAUAUGUAUUUAUAAAAUAAUAAUUAAAUAUAGGCUGAAAAUGAAUGAUUAUAAAGAAGGGACUUUGAUGUAUACUUUAUUAGCUCAUUUUUAAUGUAAAUAUUACAUAAAUUUGGUUGACUUUGAAAAUGCUUUAAAAUAUUCCCUUAAAGUUCUUUAAUACAUUAAUACAUUUCUUAAAUAAGAAAGGAUCAUCGUUUCAAUUGUUAAUAAUGUCUUAGUAUAUAUUAAAAUUAUUAUUUUUAGCAUUAAGAAUACCCAAUAAAUGCAACAUUAAAACAAUUAUAAAUCUUAGAAUAUGAAUAUCUUAUAGAUGAAAGUAUGGACUCAGAUUACAUUCAUUUAUUUAAUAAUGAAUUAAUGAAUGAAGCAAUUUUAAAUCAUGUUCGAAUUCUAAUAAAUUUAGAAUAGAAUGUUCCAAAAAUAAAUUUAUUAUUUUCUUUAUAAUUAGGAUUAGAAAAUAGAGUACAUAUUUCAUAUCUAUAAAUGAUAUAUGCUGAAUAUUUUAAAUUUCUUCAAGCUAGUGAUGAUCUCACACUUAUUGAAUUUCUUUUUGAUGAUCCAUGUAAUUAGGCGGAUGAUAUUAAAUAGAAAAUAUAGAAUGAAGAAAAGAGAUAAUAAGUAUAUUAUUCUUUGAAAAUUAAUAUUAUGGCAGAUGUGACUGAGAUUGAUUAUAGAUUAAAGAUUUUGGAUUUCUAAUUGAGUGUAUAUUAAGCAUCAAAAUUUGGAUUAAAUAAAAAAUUAAUAAAUAAUUGGGCAACAUAAUGUUCAUAAAGAGCUAUUGAUGGAUAUUUAAAAAUAUUACCUAUAAAGUAGUAAAUGGUACAUCCAUACAUAUCAAUUAUGUAUUUAAUAUAAUGUGAAUCAUAUUAGUAUUUAAAUUAGAUUCAAAAAUCAUAAAAUAUGAUAGAUUUAGCAGAAACUAGUUUAAAGAGUUGGUUUGAUGAUAAUAAACAUCCUCUUAAAGGAUUGUUUUUCUUUAAUUAGGGUAAUCAUUGUAGAUGGCUUUAUAAAUAAUAUUUAAGAUGUGUCAAAGAAAUAAUUGGAUUAAAUUAAUUUGAUGCCAUUGAAGUAAAGGUUAUUGUUCAAGGAUUAAUAAAUCAAGAACCUUAGAUAAUUAAGACUUUUGAUUACUUUCAUUCAGGUAUAAUAAAAUCAAUAACUGGACAUCUUACAAACUUUAUUUAUUCAUAAAUUGGUAAACAUGUCAGAUAAAAUAUUUUUUAUAAGUAUACAAUUUCUGAUGCUCAAGAUAUUUUGGAUGAUAUUAUUUAUAUGAGUUCUAUAAAAGAACUUAAUGGUAUCUCAUAAUAUUUAGAUGUAAAUAUACAAUUAUAUUUAGGCCUUAGCAAUAUUUAAUCACUUUGAGACAGAACAUAAAUGCAUUGAUCUUAUAAAAUGCGCAAUAAUGGCUGAAAAUUGA